UAAAAAACACAGCGAAAAAGACGAGGAGGCGGAUGAUGACGAAGAACACGAUACGUCAGCUAACGCCAUUUUGUUGUUUGAGCAGAGCAGCAGUGAAAAGCACCGCAAAGCACCGCAACGCACAAGAAAAGGUGAGCCAAGAUGGGGGGUUUCUUAAGCCUCUUUAAAGGGUUAAUGGGCAAGAAAGAGAUGAGGAUCCUGAUGGUGGGGCUGGAUGCUGCUGGAAAGACCACCAUCCUGUACAAACUCAAACUGGGAGAAAUUGUUACCACAAUUCCCACCAUCGGUUUUAAUGUUGAGACAGUAGAGUACAAGAACAUCAGUUUUACAGUGUGGGACGUCGGUGGUCAGGACAAGAUCAGGCCACUCUGGAGGCAUUACUUUCAAAACACACAAGGCCUUAUCUUCGUUGUGGACACUAAUGACAGGGAGCGAAUCGGUGAGGCGAAGGAGGAGCUGAUGCGAAUGCUGGCCGAAGACGAGCUGAGAGAUGCACUGCUGCUUGUCUUUGCCAACAAACAGGACCUGCCCAAUGCCUUGAAUGCAGCUGAGAUCACAGACAAGCUGUGCCUGCACAACCUGAGCCGGCGGAACUGGUAUAUCCAGGCCACAUGCGCCACGACUGGAGAUGGUCUCUACGAGGGUCUGGACUGGCUUUCAAACCAGCUAAAGACAAUGAAAUGAUCCAUCACUCCUCCCCGUCCUGUCUGUCACCUCUGUCUGCAGUGUAAUGGGAGACUACACUGGUCUUGGUCUGUCUCACCCCUCUUUUCGCCUCUGUUCCCCUGAAGAGUCCGACCUUGGGCCAGUGCUCCCAUGCAUACUGUAUGUGUACUGUAGUGGUGUGUUUGGAUGAAUGAAAGAAUGUGUGUUUGUAUGCGUGAGCAGAGUGGGAGCAGCCCUGCGGUGCCUUGAACAGAGUUAACGCCGACACCUCCUCCCUUCAGGGUCAGCACAUCCAAAGGUACUGGUUUUUAAGGACGAAGGGAUCUGUCAAGAAUGUUUGUUUAAAAAAAACAUGCGCUUGUGGCAUUAAGACCAUAAUAUAGGGCUGCACAUUAUUAGGAAAACAUGCGAUAACGUCUAAUAUUGCGAUUAAUAAACAUAAACAGCUCCACAGCCCGGCCACAGCGCCACUUAAACGUAAUUACUGUUUAUUCACCCUUCCAAGACACAGCAUACUACAGUGUAGUAGUAUGGGUUUAUUAAAAUAUGUAGUUGACAUCCAAGAUCUGUUUUUUGCAUGUUUCCAGUUUAACUGUGGCAGCAAACACUGGAUGCUUGUUGAUUCUCUCCUAUAAUUAAGAUCUUUAGAGUUUCUGUCUGAAUUGUUAAGUCCAUAUCCCGUAGGUCACAAUAAUAGUCAGGAUGUUGUGCUAUUCAGCAACUGUUCCAGAUGUUUUCACAUUUGUUGAACCAUUUUAAAUCCAGUUCAGUUCCACCUCCCUGACCCUGAUAUUUCAUCUCAGGCCUUACACACAGGUUUAAAAGGAUGCAUCCUGGCUGUGCCCACAAAAGACAAUAAAUGUUUUGAUUGUGUGUAUUGAGUGUAGUUAAGGCAUCAUUGGUGGAUUUGUGUUUCCCGUGUAAGUUUCAGCUACAUUCACGCCAUUGGAACAACGAGGCCUUUUUUAGAGUUGCUCCCACUCUGGUUUAUUAUUUACUGGUGGUCUUAUAUUCUCUUGUAUCUAGUUCUUUUGGUUAGGGGUUGUUUUCUAUUCUAUUUUAUUGUUUUUUUUAUGUUGGUGUUAAGCAUGACCUGGUUUACCUAAGCAUGAGCUGACGUGCCAGGUGUGCCGUCUUUUUUGAAUAAAAUGUUCUCGGGACCAAUUGGUUGGAUUCAGGAUUAGCUCAUUGUUUUUCGGUGUUGGGAUUGGCCUCCAGAGCGUAAAGUCUCCUCCUCGAUUGUUUCCCAGAGGGCAGGCGCACACUCUUACCCAAAUCGUCAGCUCCGUGAUAAGACAUUACAGUUGAAUGGGAAGCAUCUAGUCCGACCCGCUUUAUAAAUCAGCACUGUAAAUGCCUCUUCAAUGCUUCAGGCAAUAUAGUCCCUGCAUGUACCCAGGGCGCUUCCCCAUGUUGUUAUUUAAAUUAUGACCCUCUGAUGCCCUUUGCACAACCUCAUCGGCUUGCACAACACAGGGCUGUGUGAAGACCGCAGAAUAUUCAUCAGCGUUUGUUAAACAGAGGUAACACCAUGUCUUGUCAUAUUAAAGAAGGAACACUAAGAAUAAUGCAAAUGGUUUCAGUAGUUUUUGAGUAAUGCUUCUUACAAUCUCCUCCUCUCCUUAGUAGAGGUUUAUAGUGCUGGGCGAUAUGGCUGAAAAUCAUGUCAAGAUAAAAAAAUUCAUAUCAGUAAUUAUCAAGAUGAACGACAGAUUUUUGCUCUUGAGUGAAGGUUGUGGUUUUAAACUUUUCUUUAUGAGCAUAGAAUGACAAACACUUGAGGAAUCUGAGGUAGAGCAAUUAUGUGUUAUACCACCUCACUGUGCUUACACAGUGUAUUAGAUUGGAAUGUUGUUAUAUUGCUAUUUAAAAUAAUAUUGUAAUUAUUAUUAUUUAUAUUGAUUUAUCGCCCAGCGCUAGGAGGUAAUAACCAUCCCCAUUACUUAUCACCAGCAGACAGUUAAAAUGUACCAGUGAGAAUGUUACAACGGUUCAACCAGCCAUGAAACAGUUUCCUUCACAUUGAUCCCAAAUGUUCCUGCAGUUUAUUAAGAAAUCAACCAUGCACACCCAUAACAGAGUGAAGAUGACGAUACUGUCAUAUAAUCACACUGACCUCUCAAGGGAAAUUCAUUUUCCAGUUUUAGUUUUUCUAUAUCUGGAGGUUUUCUUGGAAGGUUUGUGUAACUGGAUGACUAAUCCUUUUUGACUUUUUUCCCCUCUUUACAUUCUGGUGUUUCCUAAACAUCUGUAGGUGUGUUGGAUAAUCUGGUACAAAGCAAGAAGUACAAAUGUGUAUUCUGUUUUUUUUUUUUAACUCUAACUUCAUCCACCUACUCGUGUUUCAAACAGCUUUAAUUUUUCAAAAGUUUCUGGACGACUGACAGCAUAUGUGCAUAUGUAUCUCUAAAGUACCUUUAAUGCUUUUUUUCCAUCUUGUCAUCAGCUGAUAAAUGCACUAUAAUAAAUAAUUCUCUAUUGUA